AUGAAAGGGUCUGUGUUCCUGAAUCCAAUCCAAGCCGACUUUGUUUGCUGCCCAAUACUUACUCCGUAUUUCUUUAGGUCGCUGCUGAGGACGAUGAGGACCUCAACAUUCAUGGGAACAUAACAACUGACUCUUCGAUAUCUUCUGCGUUUCGACCAGCUGUCACACCUUCCGUUCGGAUACCCAACUCCCCCCCUCCUUCUUUCCACUCGUGCUCGAGUACACCCGACCCUGACUCUGCCCUAUCAGAGUCCUUUGAUAGUCCGAGUGAUGGUGAGGACGAUGAUAUGAGAAACCUUCCGGGCUCCCAAAACUCGAACCUUAACCAUGAGUCAAUACCCCUGGUACCUACCGCCACAACCGGAUCCUCCGUGCCUGUAUCCUCCACUACCACUUUUGCAGCGAUGCCAGGAAGAUCUGUCGGUGGAGGGCAGACGGAUGGAGUAUUUGCGAAUCUAAGUGCGAAGCCUGCAGUGGCUGGGAGGCUCGAAGAGCAUCCUCCUGUAAGUCUGAAAAGGGCUGAUUGGAAUUUAUACCUAUGCUCAUGUCAUUUUGCAACAGUCAUACGAGCAAGCGGCAGCCGAUGCAACACCUCCGUAUUGGGAAACUACGAUCCUUGCCCCCGGCAUGUCCGCGGAUGAGGUUUUCAUUGAUGGUUUACCGGUUGGUUCUGUUUUUGCUUUUAUUUGGAAUGCAAUGAGUAUGAAGCACUCUCCUUUGUUGAUGGAGUGGAUAGUACUAACUCCUCAUCAGUUUCAAUGUCGUUUACAUUCGUCGGAUUUCUUCUCACUUACCUCCUUCAUACAACUCAUGCUGCAAAGAAUGGAUCUCGUGCUGGGUUAGGAAUGACGCUCGUUCAAUAUGGAUUCUACAUGCGUUCCCGUCCGGACGACUACACUGGCGGCGCCCCACCGCCAGAAACUGAGCCGUCAGAGCCGAAUUCCUACGACUUUGGGGUUGCCGAUAUGGUCACCGACACUCCAGAGGACGGCAUAGGACGAAAUGAAUGGAUUAGCUAUGCACUGAUGGUAGUCGGCUGGUUCCUUCUUAUCAGAUCUGUGAGCAGCUUUAUGAGAGCCAGGAAGACUGAACAAGUCGUGCUGGCAAGCCCAGACCGCGGCCUCGGUACUGCUGUCGUUGCUGAUGACGAACAACCUGCCCGAGCAGUAUAGUAUCCCCCUUGGUUGCCGGCUAUUCCUUUCCUUCCGCCUCACCCUCUUCCACUUAUCCUCCAUGCGAAUAGGCGGUAGGCCCAGACGUUAUCCCUUUUCCUAUUGAUUCACUUGCCGCUCUCUGCGAUUUGGGCAGCUUUUUCUUGUGCGGGUUUUCUUUUCAGGUGCAAGAUGGAAUAGUACGGAGGGACCGGACGUAGUCAUUUAGUUCAGAGAUGGUCUAUCUUUAUCCUGAAGUGUUUCCUUUUUGUUACUCUCGUCGUCACCCUACUCAGGCUCGAGUUCCCCCCCUUUUUUUAUGUAGUCUGUUUCACUACUCGGUAAUUGCUUUUUCCUUGCUUUCAGAAUUAUGUUGUAGAAAAUGGGAUUUGCGUGUAAGAUAUAUCGGAAUAUCUCUUUGGUGCGUGAUGACCAUUCUGCGAGGCCCACCACCGAGCAAAC